ACCGAGGACCCCGAGGAGUCCGGGAGGCGGCGACGGAGGCGGAGGCUUCGCUGGUUCUGGAGCCAGAGCCCGAGCGGGCGACAGCCCGGGCAGUUUUCUGUGGUGUGUUUGCCAUGCAUGUAGCACUUCCAAGACAGUUGCUGCUCACUGACAUAUGAGGAUGUAUUCUCCAAAGAGGGUGCUGCUUGGAUGAUACAAGAAAUUAAAAGAGGAGCUAGUGUGUGAUAACUCAUGGGAGCUUCAUCUGGGGACAUGCAUUCCUUUUGGUUCUUUCUCCGCGGCCUCUGUUCCUCUCUCAGACUGACAUACCUUGUGUCAUCCCUGCCACAGACUGGGCUAAAAGAAAGCCCCCUAUAGAGGUCCACCUGUGAACAGAUACAGAUGAUGCCAGAACUAUGACAGGGCCGGCAGGCGUGGCACUGAGGGCUGAUCAACCAUGGAGCAGCUACAAAAGGAAGUACUUGAGAUCAGGGAAAAGGAGGAGAAAAAGGAAGUGGUCGUGGCAGAGGCAGAAGGAGCUCCAGACCAAAAUGGGGGACCAGAGAGUUCACUUCCUUCCAGCAGCUAUUCAGCCCAGUCAGUGCUGCUGCUAUGGUAUAAGGGCCAGCCUAAAACACCAUUCUAGAGACUUUUCUCAGAGUUCCUCGCCAUCCCUGUCGGAUCAACUCCAGAUGGGCUGUGAUGGAGCUUCCUCUGGGAGUCUUAACAUGGAAUGCCGGGUCUGUGGGGACAAGGCGUCUGGGUUCCACUAUGGCGUUCACGCGUGUGAGGGCUGCAAGGGCUUCUUCCGCAGGACCGUCCGUAUGAAGCUCGAGUAUGAGAAAUGUGACCGGAGCUGCAAGGUCCAGAAGAAGAAUCGCAACAAGUGUCAGCACUGCCGCUUUCAGAAAUGUCUCUCACUGGGCAUGUCUCACAAUGCAAUUCGCUUUGGUCGGAUGCCAGAGGCAGAAAAGAGAAAGCUGGUAGAGGGAUUGACCGCAAGUGAGGUGAGGGGGCAAAAUCCACAAGGAGCUGACCUGAAAGCUUUCUCCAAGCACAUCUACAAUGCCUACCUGAAAAACUUCAACAUGACCAAAAAGAAGGCUCGGGGGAUCUUGACCGGCAAGGCCAGCAGCACACCUCCCUUUGUGAUCCACGACAUGGACACGCUGUGGCAGGCAGAGAAGGGGCUGGUCUGGAAGCAGCUGGUGAACGGGCUCCCCCAGUACAAGGAGAUGAGUGUGCACGUGUUCUACCGCUGCCAGUGCACCACGGUGGAAACAGUGCGUGAGAUCACCGAGUUUGCCAAGAGCAUCCCCAGCUUUGUCAGCCUUUUCCUGAACGACCAGGUGACCCUGCUCAAGUACGGUGUCCACGAGGCCAUUUUUGCCAUGCUGGCCUCCAUCAUGAACAAGGAUGGACUCCUGGUAGCUAAUGGCAAUGGUUUUGUGACACGUGAGUUUCUCCGAAGUCUUCGCAAACCCUUCAGUGAGAUCAUCGAGCCCAAAUUUGAAUUUGCUGUCAAGUUCAACGCCCUGGAGCUGGAUGACAGCGACUUGGCCCUUUUCAUCGCUGCCAUCAUCCUCUGUGGAGAUCGCCCUGGCCUCAUGAAUGUCAAGCAAGUGGAGGAGAUUCAAGACAAUAUCCUGAGGGCCCUGGAGUUCCACCUACAAGCCAACCACCCCGAUGCACAGUACCUCUUCCCCAAGCUGCUGCAGAAAAUGGCAGACCUGAGGCAGCUGGUGACGGAGCAUGCCCAGAUAAUGCAGAAAAUCAAAAAAACUGAAACAGAGACCUCACUGCAUCCGCUGCUUCAGGAGAUCUAUAAGGACAUGUACUGAAGCCCUGAGACGAAAGAGCUGCCCCGGGUGGUCGAGGCCACAUGUGAGCUAUCCAGGUACUAAAUACCCUGGUGCUGAAGGACACAUGGUGGGCAGGCCCGAAGAAGCACUGUCCACGUCCCAAUUCCGUUGACUUUGCCCAGAGGCAUUUGGCAUUACUCCUGGAGUAGUCCAAACUUACACUUGUGCUUGUGUGCCUGCAUGUGCAUGUGCACAUGCCCAUGCAUACUCUCUCUCUCCCUCUCCUCCUCCUUCCCUUUCUCUCCUGUUAUCCCUCUUUUUGUCUGUCUCUCAGAACCAGGGUUGUAUUAUCUCACCAGCAGAAAAUAGAACAGGCCUCUACUUCUUUCCGUUUGCUAGAUGAGGCCUAUCUAAUCCCUCCAUUCUACUGGGACAGAAAGGUGGAGGAGGUGCCAAGCUUCUCAGGCUCUCGUUUUCAUAGUGUCAGACUUGUGUGUGAGACAUCCCAAAGAAACACUCAGCUGGCCUCCUGUGCCCCUCCCAGCCUUUAGUGCAUGACAAGAUUCUGUUCCCCUUUGGAACCCAACUGCGCCAUCCCCCAGCUGUCUCCAGCUUCCUCUCUAGCUCUCCUGGGAAGUUGGUGGAUGAAGUUUGGCGUGGUGACUCUUAGGAAAUGGGAGGAACAUGCAGACCAGAAGAGGGGCGCCAGCAGAGACUCAUGGGGCCUCCCUUCACUGCCUCGGACAUUGUGAAUAAUUAUCUUGGGGUCAAUUACCGGCUUUGGCAGCAGACCGUGUAGAUACCUAUCAUCGUUUCUGUUCUUUUAACUAGUCUUCCAUGUUGGUGUUCACUACAGCUUCUGGUGCUGACUGACACGGGGGCUGGACCCUACUGUUCCCCCUUCACCCUGAUGUCCAGGAGGAGGGUGGUUGGGCAUCUUUGGGAGCAGCAAACCCCCAGGUGUUUGGGGAGAGCUGAAAGGAGAGCCACAGGCCUGCCUGGAGCAGGCCUCCAAGACAGAAGACUAGGCCAGGCCUUCUCCCUCCCACCAUGACAGUUGGUGGGAUACAGCCAUGUCACCCUCCUCUCCCACAUUUCAUUACUAAGUCUUAACACACACUACCCUGCCCAUGCUCCAUAACCGGUACCUAGAUGUCUUGAACCAAGUUUGAACUUAACCUUCCCCCUUCCUCCUAGGGUAUGGAGAAGCUGGUGCUGCUCCCCAAGUCCUAACACCCCUUCCUACACUCCCAAGAGCCACCAUGCUGGCACCUACUACAAGCACUGAAUUCACUUUAAUCACAGGUUCUGUCCCUUUCCCCUAAACAGGACAGGGCUUCAGCGGCCACACAGGGCCCCAGGCUCCCGGGCUGUUAGACUAGGUGAGCUACAUUCCCUUUUUUUGAAAGGGUUUGAACAAGAAAUUCUAAGUGAACAGGGCAUCUCUGUUGACUCAGCAGCUGGCCAACACCUGAUCACAGGGGCUCAGCUGAAAGAGGUGGUGACUGGGAUGGGAGCAAAAUAUUUUAUUUUGUGUAAUCUUCUGUAGCCUAUAGUGGAUCUAUCCCUUUUCCUCCAAGCUUCCCACUACCACCUAUCUCCCCCAGCAGCCCACUGCCCUGCUGGGCCCUGAGGAGGUCAGACAGGCUGAUCUAGGCCAGCUCAGCAUCUUGGGUGCUUCUGUGAACCACCACUCUCCUGCCUGACCUAUCCCUCACACUCCCCACCACCCGGAGAGAGGUCCAGGCCAUUUCUUAAGUAGUAUCUUCUCCCCUUUGAGGUAGGCCCUAAGGUUUGGGGCACAGCCUAGGAAUAUUCCUGGGAAGUCAUACCUAAGAGAAACAGCAGACCAUCCCCUCGAGCUCCUAGAGGGGGACAGUGAUUUGCCUCGGGUUAUACUUGGUAGAACUGGGACUAGAACCCAGUGCAGGAGCACCAAAGCUGGGCUCCUACAGCCCAGAAGACAGGUGGGAGCACUGGUGGUGGUGGACCUUUCAGGCUGCUGGCAGCCUUGGAUUAACUGGGGAGGGGAGGGUGAAAAGAGGAAGAAAGGAAAUCCCAGCUACUUUACCCUCUCCCCACUCCUUAGGCUUUUUAUUUGGGGGGGGGGGGGGGCGUGGCGGAGAAGGAGAAGGAACCAGACCACCCCAUCCCUUCCUUAUUCUGUCUUCUCCAAGUCCACCCCUGGCUUGGUAUUGGAGUCAGAAGUUCCUGAGGCAGGACCUCCCACCCCCCCAUCCCCCGUUGCAGGGACAGGCGCCCUGGAACAGCUUUGCACACUCCCGGGGGGGGCCCUGCCCUUGCCUGAUGCUGUGAAGGAAGACACUGUGCCUGACCAUCCCACCUUUCCCUCCUCUAGCCCCCACUGUGCAGAGGCUCACAGCUGCCGCUCCCCCUUGUGUCGUAACAAUCUUCAAAACUGAAAUGUAUAUUUUUGCUAGGAGCCCCAGCUUCCUUUGUUUUUAAUAUAAAUAGUGUACACAAAUUGAUGGAACUCUAAAUAAAUGGGAAUUAAAUAUAUAAGAACUGACUGACCCUACA